AUGCAUCAGCCUCUCUAUGAUUACCAAAACCAAGCCAGGGCCUUACACGCGGCCACUUUUCUGCUCGUUCUUCUCUUCAUUUUGAUCCAGCUGGUGCGAAGUCGCCAGGAUGCCUACGAGAUCAUUGACUCGGAUCCUCUUGUACCAGUGCUGAAACCGCAGAAGGCGAGUCUAGCCACGGUCGAUACUGAUGUGUAUCUGAGGGUUCUUGUCGAGAAACACGGCCUCAAGCGGAACGUUUCCUUGUUCUCGCAGAGAGUACGAGCAGUCCCGGAGGCAUCGCGGCGCCUGUCGAUGACCAACAUCCAGACGGUCUUUGCCGACGGCGACUUCGUAUCCGUCAAUUGGGACGACAAAGACUUGCCUUUGGACAAGGAUGGAGACACCAUCUUGCCCAUCGCGACAAGCCGAGUCCCGGGAGACACCGAUGCCUCUGAUCUGCUGUUCGGGGUCUCGACCACCUACAAGCGGCUCGCGCACGCCAAUGAUUCUCUCGUUAGGGAUUGGCAGCGAUGGCUCACAGACGGGCGCGGUAGUUCGAACGGGGCGAGUGUCGUUGUCGCCCUUCACAACUCAUCCAUACGAGAGGCCUGGGAAACACACGACAAAUUCAAGGACGUCGGCAUCGACGCCACAGUACUGAUCCUAGACGACGGUCUCGACGAGAUCUCGAGGUACUUUGAAUUGGUGGACAUCCUCUUGGAGGUCAACAGAGCCCUUGCAGAUGACGGACAAACCAAGAAGUAUCUCGGCCUCAUCGACGAUGACAUAUUCUUCCCGACCCCGGGACAACUGCUCUCCGAGCUCUCCGAGUUCGACGCCCAGGAACCCUACUACGUCGGCCUCCCCAGCGAGCGCGCGGACUGGUCCGUCGAAGACGACACGGCAGUAACCCACGGCGGCGGCGCCGUCUUCCUCACCCCACCAGCAGCCGCCAUCGUAUCCGCCCUCCCGUGCCUCUCCCCCGGCAGGCCGCCCUUCGCGAACACGACGACCUGGGACAGCGCGCUGCACGAGUGCGUGACGAAGCACGCCUCGGACGCGCUGCCCCUCCACGUCCUCUCGAGCUUCUACUCGCCGAGGGACGCCCUGUACCACAUGCACGCCCCGGCCUACGACCAGGGCAUCUCCCCGCUGGUCCUGCGGCACGCGCAGUCGCGCCACCGGCUCGAGGCCGGCAGGGCGCACCUCGUGACGUCGGCGUGCGGCGAGGCGUGCUUCCUGCAGCGGUUCCGGUUCGCGGACGACUGGGUGCUCGUCAACGGCUACUCGCUCACGCAUUACGGGGACGGGUUCGAGGUGGUGCCGAUGGCGAGCAGCGCGGUGCUCCAGGGCGCGUUGCAGUACGGGCUGCAGGCGGAGCUGCCCCUCGGCGAGGGCAUCGUGCUGGACGAGAGGGGGGAGGACCAGAAGGAGAUUGUGACGUGGAGGGGGGUGAGGAGUGUGUGGUCGUUCUUGGACGCCGUGGUGGGGGAUGACGGGGAGGUUUGGCAGGUGUAUGUGAAGAAAGGGGGGGCGAGGGAGGUGGAUGAUGAGGAACAUGAAGAAGAUAUUAUGGACUCUGUGAUUGUCUUGAUCUGGGAGUCGUGA